AUGUCGAAUACUUUACGUCCAUAUUUAGCAGCUGUCAGAUCUACUUUAACUGCUGCACUUUGUUUAGAAAACUUUUCUUCUCAAGUUGCAGAACGUCAUAAUAACCCUGAGGUUGAAGCAAGAUUAUCAUCAUCGGAAGUUGUAGUUAAUCCUUUAACAAUUAGUAGAAAUAAACAGGAAAAGGUUUUGAUAGAACCUUCUGUUAAUUCAAUUCGUGUUAGUAUCAAGAUUAAACAAGCCGAUGAAAUUGAAAGAAUUUUGUGCCAUAAAUUUACUAGAUUUAUGAUGAUUAGAGCUGAAAAUUUUAUAAUCCUUAGAAGGAAACCAAUUAUUGUAAUUGAUUUCAUUAUUCAAUUCAUGGAAGAAGUUGAUAAAGAAAUUAGCGAAAUGAAAUUAAGUCUUAAUACUCGUGCUCGUACUGUUGCUGAAUCAUAUUUACUUCAAUUUACCUAA